CAUAUUAAACUGUGGUAUUUGUGCGUAUGCGCCAUUUUAUUUACGGUGUAGAUUAUUCACGUAUCAGACACAGAGUUAUUGAGAGAAUGGCAACUUUAGAUGAAGAGAGAUAUUUGAGAAAUCUACUGCUGCUUGGCAAGGGAACUUCGUUUGUGUUAAAGAGCCUUGUAGUGCAAGAAGUGAGUAGAUCUGGAAAAACUUUAGAGAACCUGCUUCUCAAUAACAGAACAUUAUUCAAUGGCAUAUUGAAAGAACAGCGAGACAUUCUUUACCCAGCGCCUUUGACAGCAAAUGCAGAUUUAACCACAUGGGAUUUGUCGCUCCUUCUGCUUGUCGUGAAGAGAUUAUUCUACCCAGCACUACCACCUGUUAUUGCAUCACAGAUAGCGGCAUUAAAGGUCUUUAGAGAUUGUAUCCAAGGACAUCCUAGUAAGAUGUCAAUGGACGAGACAGAAUUUUUAUCAAGUCAGGGACAUUUGAAAGGACAUUUGCGAACAAUUGCAGGAUAUGUCAACCAAUCUCGUCAAAUUGACGACAUUAUCACACGAACGGCAACCGGCAAUCUUGACAUUGAAUCCGUAUUUCGAUAUGUCAAAGAAACUCACGCAUUCAGUUCUAGUUUUAAACUUUACAUAGAAGAAAGGUUUAAACAACAAAUAGGGCCUUUAAAAAGUGAGGUGAAAAAUAUCAAAGGAUGCCAAGACAGGAUUUCUCAGACUAUUUCCAAAAUCCGAAACCAGUCUGUACGGAAAACAAAAUAUGAUUUUACGAAAGACCUGAACACUAUUCUACAGGCUGAAUGUGAAAAUGAAGAGAAACAAAAGAAGGCCACCGAUUUACUCUUUGAUUUUGUAAAAAUAAUACAAGAUGACAACACCUUACACAGCGAUGAGAUCAAAACGAUCAUAUCACAAAGGGUUGAAUGGUACGGAGAAAUUACAUUUCAAUUAAUGGAUGACUUGAUUGAAUGGUUUACUGACAUAGAUAAAUCAUCUGACGGAAUAGGCAAAGCAUGUUUAGGAAGUAUCAUCUUACCAAUAUUCUGUUCCUCAGUGACAGGAUGUUUCACAGUGUUGGAAUAUGUAAAAAGCAGUCAGUGUAAGGAACAUCUAUCAAGAAUAUCGACUACUGUCAGUACAUUACUUGGCUUUCCUUGUUCAUUUUCUUGGGGAGUAGAGCAUACGAGUCUUCAAAGUGUUUUAGCCUCCUAUUGCGACGACAUUGGAACAGAAAGUAGCAAAAAGAAGUUGAAGAAUUUAGUGUUACCCAUUCAUGUCACUGACAUUGAAGGGUUGAAAAAUAUUUGGAAAAUGUUCGGAGGACAAAAGAAAAGCCGUCACUUGGAGAAUAUAUCUAGGACACUGUCAUCAAUGUUUGAUGAAGACAUUUGUGUGGGCACAUAUGUGGACAAAGAUCAGUUACUGAAAACUGUACAAGAAACAGGUUUACAGACGCAUUCUUCUGGCAAUAUGAACGGACAGAGUAAAAAGGAACUUGACUAUUCUGCUGACAAAGAGAAAUUAGAAGAUAAGCAGCCUACCCAGCUGAAACUUCUUCCACCACAUGGCUUUAAAGAAUCAAAGAAAAGACCCUCCCGUCACAUACACUUAUUUGGGACCGUAUCGAAUACUGGAUUCAUGAUGACAGAACGUGAAGUUAGUGCACUGAUUUCUUGCAAUCAUGUAAUUCGUAGUAGUAUAGAACCUGUUAUCGUUGCUUCAGUCCUGUAUAGGAACGGUGUGUUAACAAAGUACCCAUACUCAAUUAUUAAGGAAAUGUUUUCAACAGAUGUUAAGAGUGAGGAGAAAUCUGAUUUCUUAAUAAGAAACAUACCUAUCUGCAUGAAUUUAGAAGAUUUUGCACAAGUACUCGACGAAUGUGGUUAUAGAAAAUUAGCACGUCAAUUAUUUCUGACAUACCGUACUUUAGGCAUCAGUUACAUCACAAAAUCUACACUCAGCAGCAAUCGUACGCUUCAUGCAUACUAUAGCAAACUAAAAUGGAUGAUAGAUAAUCCAAUGUUUUAUGAUCGGCGAACGGCACUUAGAAAGCUGUCUCUUUCGCUUAAUCAUCAAAUGCAAAUGGAAAGAUACCAAACACAACGACAAAAAUUAGCUGACAAAUGUGUAUUGAUUAAAGCGGCAGAAAUUGAUGAAUUGACUUUGAUACCUGGCGGGUGCCAUCCUAAAGACGUCAUUUUUAAAGAAAUGAAAGAACUUGUCACUGAAACAAGCAAUACAUCUUUAUCAGAUGUUAUUUAUUUGGGUCGUUUAGCUUAUGCAAACGUACUUGCUGGCAAUUUAAAUGAUUGCAAGGACAUAUUAGUUGAAGCAAAAUGUAGAGCAUAUAACUUAGAUUCGUAUCCAGAACUGGUUAAACUGUUGUAUUUAUGUGUUUGUUGUCAAGUUUUUGAAUUCGAAGAAUACCCUUCAAGGGAACUACAAAAACAGAUUAUGCUGUUGGGAAGUAUUGCGCUUGAAUGCCUUGAAAAUGUAGAUGUAAAUGUUGCAAAUUCAUUGAGGCAAAGGUUUGUGUUACGGAUGGCGUUUUGUCUCUUAGGACUAGGAAACAGGACAAAUGUCAUCGAAAACAGUCCUAUUGACAAAGAAAGCCUAUCACAAGCACGAUAUCUACUAAGUCAUAUUGACCACACGUGUGCAGACCUCGGAACGAUGAGAAGUAAAAUGUUCUAUUACGUCGCAAGGGCAAGAUUAAGUGAGCUUACAGAUAAUACAUCAGAAUGUAUUGCAUAUAUUACAAAAGCCCAAAUGUUGGCGAAUGAGGGACAUUUAAUGGAAUUGACAUUCAUUGAAAAAUACUAUGAAAGAAUAUUUCAUGGAAGUGAUAAAUUGACACUAUUGCAAAACCAAACAUGCCGAUCAGAGCAUUGUUCUCUGUGCAAAAAUGACACAUGCAGUUGUCUUAUUGAAAAAGAUCAUGCAUGGAUUUUGAUAGAAAAAGAUGAGGAUAUGAAGCUUACAGUAACUAAAUUGGUAGCAAAAAUACUUUCUUCUUUUAACAAUUGGAGAGAAAGCAACACAUAACCUUUAUUUUCUUGGAAAGAAGGGUAGUUCGAGUGCUAAGUGAUAUAUAAUCAAUGAGCUUUUGAACAAUGUACUCUGGCUGGUUUAAUUGUAGCACAUAGAAAAAUAAGAAAAAGAGUUCUACUCAUAUUUUCUAAAAAGCUAACAGAAUGGCAUCUGAUGCGUAUGUUUUAAACUUCAUUAAGUGGUAUAACCCCAUUUAUUUGUUGAUUUUAUCAUGGCUUUAAUAACAGCCGUGAUGUCAUAUAUGAUGGCAGCCCCAUGGCGUCUAAAUAUGUAUCUUCCCAUUGAUUGCGAAAUAAUGCACCUAGUACUGCCAUGUAUUUGUUAAGGUAGAACGCGAAUCUUUGCGAACUUUCCAGUUGCGUCAUUAAAAUUUGCAUGCAAAAUGUUGACCAUAUUUUUUAUUAGAUUCCGUUAAUUUUAUUCCACAUUUUUUACACAGGAUAAAAGUCACGCUAUCACGGGUUCUUUUAGGUUUGUUUGUCAUUAAAAAAGAUCGCCUUAUGCCAAAAUCCCGCUAUAAACGGCAUUAUACGCCAUUAUGACUACUGCAGAAAAUAUAUGGAUAUAAUAAAUAGUACGGAAUUCCGUAUAUUAUAGAUAGACAGGUAAAAAUAAGUGAAAUUUGAAAUACCUAAAUGUGCGGGACCGUAUAUCAUGCAAUACGAGUACGUAUAUGACUAAUAUACCGUGAUCUGUUCGCUCGUAAUAUACGGGAACUUUGUAUGAAGUCCGUUUUUUUACUAAAAUACGGAUAUUUUUUAAUUACAAGGUCAGAUAUUUUCAAAAUAUAAACAUUUUACUCUUGUAAAUGCUUAUUUUGACUAUAAAACAGAGAAUAAAGAUGUUCUUCAGAUUUACCUACUGUCUACAAGAGGAAAGAAAUAGUAGUCUGAUCUGACAUUUGUCAAAAUGAAAUUAAAUAGCUAAGCUUUGAGUGAAAUGUAAUAUUUCCCGGUUUUAUUGACAUGUCAAUUGCGUACUCAUUAAAUGGUCAAUGAACAGAACAUAUUAAACAUCGACAGAUCCUCGACACUGUCCGUAGCAUGUACAUACAUAGAAAAUGACAAUAUUGACAAUAUAUAUUGAAAUAUCUUAAUUUGUAUAAAAAUUUGAAAUACGACACUCCUUUGUGCAGUGUCUAGCUGAAUGACGUCUGGUUCGCUAUAAAUGUUCUGUUAAACAUCCACAGACGUGUAUUUUUACCAUUUUAUUAUAUUUCAUGUUUAAAGUGAACUUCUUUAAAUUUUCCUGUUCAAAAUAAAUUCUACCAUAAAUUUGGUUAAACGGUGAAUAAUGAAUAAUUGCAAAGGCCGGUUUGAAAGUAAUGUUUUUUACACAGAGUUUAUGUGGAAUCUUCAAUUAAUCGUUUUUUUCAACAUUAUGAUUUUCUAAAAUGAUAAGCAAAACAAGAGAAAAUGUAUUGAAGAUGUUCAUUUACUUAUAGAACAGAACGUGCUUCCUAUGUUAUCAAACACCUACUGAGCUUAUGUUUUAAACAUGACUUUUGCUUCACAAUAAUGUUAUUGACUAAAUUUCAUUUAUGAACCGUACAUUUUAAUUUGUCAAUAUUUCGCACAGGUAUUAAGCAUAAACUCUGUUAAAUUGCCGCAAUAGUUUUUGCUUACAAGUUCAAUUCUUGGUUUAAAUAGGUGAAAUAAAAAUAAUUAACACUCACAGUAUAGGUAGGAAAUACAAAAUGUAUAGCUUUGCAGAAUUGAGACUUUUUGUAGCCUAUGUAUUAAUUUAGGAUUGAAUUUCCGUAAAUUUCUAUACUUACAUAAAAUAUAAAGUUGCUUGUUGCUCCUAAUGGCAUAUUUAUCGAUUCAAAUUAAUUUUUUGCUUUAAAAUAUAAAAAAGUGACACCGCAAUGAUAACUCUCAGCUGUAUUUGUUUGCGCAGUGUACGCUUUGCCGGUGAAUCCCUGACGUCAUUUUCUUUACAUGCGUCUGUUUGCAAUUCCUAAUGCAGUUAUUGAUCAUGCAUAAAACAAGAAGAAAAUUUGUUUGUUUUUCGAACAAAACAUUUGUUCUGCAAACGUUAACAUCGCAAAAUAGAAUGGGAAUAAUAAAUUCAAAACAAUUGCACUUCGACCAAGCCAAUGUUAGUUCACUAGACAAUUGUUGUUACAUAUCUAGCAAGUUUUAUACACUGCUAACAGUUCCUUUGUGCACAAGUGACGCGUUAUGUUGAAAUGAACCUUUAUUUAGACUUUACUAACUUGGGUUCCAGUUCUUGCUUCUUUUCGGCAAAUCGACUAUAUUUUUAUCAGAAAUUGUGACGUGCUCGUACGAAAUAUCGCGUAUGUUAUGAAUAAGCAUAUAAUCAACGCUUAAAUCCAAGACAAAAAUUUUAAAAAUAAAUGUGCUAUUUCAUCGUAAGGUCUCAUGUUAAAUAUUAAGCAUUUGCGAAGGAACAUAGUUCUUGUUGGUAUAUAUAUAACUCUAGGACAAUUCUUCUGAUAAGCUUAACAUUAUUGCGCACUUUGAAGUCUCAAACGUAUCUGCAUACGUCGCAUUUCGUUACGAAAUUACUCACCUGUUGGGGGGGGGGGAUAAAAUCACGUGUACCAAAAAUUUCGAGAGGGCGAUCCCCUAUUGUUUUAUAGUCAUUUUGACUAAGUAUACAUUUAAAAGGACAUAUAAAGAAAAAAAAUCAAAAAUUUAUUGCCAAUUUCCUGAUGAAUAUAUUUUUCUUUCUUCUCUUUUAUUAUUCUCUCCGGCCCGCAGGGUAUUGGUACGCGUUUAAUUCUUGAGGCAUGGAGGAGCACGUGACCUGUUUUCGGUACAUGGAGGAGCCUGUGAUUUGUAAACCGUACAUGAUUGGUUUAUUCACCUAUUCGAAAUCCUAGCUAAAUACCGUUUGCCGGUAUGUUACGGAUUUACCUCUAGGGAAAUUAGUCCGAAUUACACCUAAUUAAGAACAUAACACUAUUACAUGAUAUUUCUAAUUUUCUAUAAUUAUUUUACUGUUAAAGGUGAAAAAAUGUUGUUGAUGUGUUUGAAAAUUAUCAAUGUUUCUUUAAUAUCUAUCUGAAAUUUUACAAACAAUAAAUUGUUUAUAGUAAAAAUCUACGAAAUUAAAACAUUCGUUUGUGGCAUCUGCCAUAAUAAAUAGAGAUAUUUUCUGCGUAAACUUGUGUGUUUACUUUAUUUUUUUUUAUUCUUUUUUGCAUGGAAUUAUUCAUACAAUGGUAUUUAAUCAUUUUCUUAAAAAGAAAUAAUUGUUUUAUUUUCGAUCAAGAUCAAAUACCUUCUUCUAUUGAUCGAUUAUUGUCAACUAUAUUCCGGAUACAAACGUUAAUUUUUUUCUUUUUGUUUUUCUUUUUUCCCAAACAAUUCAUAUUUCACUAAGAUUCGAAAAACCGUAUAAAUUGAGCCCGCAUCCCACAAGCAGUUUCGGAUAGCGGAGUUCAGUACUUAAUUAUUAUUUCAGGUAAGCUAAAGUUCUUCUUAAAAAUUUAUCAGGAGAAAUUAAAAAUCUGUUCAUAUUGUUCAUAUUUUUCAUUAUUUUUGUGUAUUCAUAUAUAUAUUCAUAGAAAUAGAUAAAAUGCUAGUAUUUGAAUAGUUAUGAUUUAUUUAAAAAGUAUUCUGCUGAUGCAUUUUUAUCUUAAUUUCAAUUAUGAUAGAAUAAACUGUACAAAUUGUACUUACAAUUUACGUUCGUAUAUUUGAAAAGAAUAUUGAAUUUAUAUAUUUAAUAAGACUAUUGAUGUAACAUUACGAUUUGUGCUAUAUUGAUAAGUAUUAACACGUUUAGGGAUUUCGUAUUACAUAAUAAUAAAACGUGUUUUGUGCUACAUAGUAACAUGAUAUGAAAAUAAAGUUUCGGA